AUGUCCAACCGCCUAAACCCCAACGACAUCCCAGCACACGCCAUCCUGCUCGACCUCGCAGAACACGCCAUGAACGACUCAGGCUCCGAGUUCUACUCCGACUCCGAGGACGGCGGCAUGCAGCUUGACCCCCCGGAGCCUACACUGGGCCACUACAGCAUGGCCCACGACCCCCUUCGCCUACAGCCCGCAUACACCCACCCUGCAGACCCCGCCUUUUCCCACCCCGCCGCCGCAAAGCCCCUCCCGCCACGCCCGCGCAUGAGCGAAGAAGAAUACGCCGCGCUGGCAGUUCUAAACGACGAAGAGUUGCUAACCAUCUACGCUCUGAAAUCUGGACAGGUAAGACUGCGAUCAAAUUUUGCUUCAACCAGCCCCUCCCCUCUCUUUUUCCCAUCCCAUCUCAGACCACUUCUAACAAGCCAGACUAUCCCUCAAACCCGCCGCCGGUUCCAGGCCAAACUGCUCUCCGGUGGCGAUCCGCACGUCGAAGAGGAGAUGUUUGCUGCGCGGUUCGCGGUCCCGGCCGCCAAGGCGCAUCUCGUGCCGGGGCUGAAUAGGGUAGGUGCGGGGACGCCGGAGACGGCGCUGGAUUUGAAUAAUGCGCAGGCGUUUCUGGUGCCGGGAGCGUGGAAGGAGGUAGUUGAUCAUGAUGAGAGUGGGUGGUGGGCCCCGGGGCAGAGGAAGCGAGGGGAUGGGAAGAGGAGGGGUGAAUCGAGGGGGUCGGGGGAGAAUUCGGGGAUGGCGUCCAGGUCUGUUUCUAGGAGUUAG